UGCUACUGCACCUCAUGGUAAAGGCGAAAAAGGUCAAGUUUUACUCUACCUUCUCCUUGUUGCCGUGUGGGUUUGCAUGAAGGAGCUUCAUUGCCGCCGUUGGGCCGCAAAUCGCCGCUGCAUUGCCACUGCUGGACCGCGAAACACUGCUGCCGCCCACCGCUGACCACUGAAUCGCCACUUCCCUGCAUUGUUCUUGCCCAAAAACAGGCGAGUUCGUAUUUCUUUUAAGUUCUGGAAUGUACUUUCCGGGAACUUUCCGGAUUGAUUAUUAAGGAAGGACCAUUCGGGAACAUUUUAGACGUUACGAGGUUCAGUUAGCAAUUAUGGAGGUGUAGAAAGCAAAAGCGUAUUCGCAAUGAUCAAGCUCUAAAGUUCAGUAGGUUUUUCAGUUACCAUCUCAUUUCUGCAACCCAAAACCCUUGUUAUGUCCCUCCCCUGCAUCUCAAUUCUCGAACAGGUUGUAGUUCCUCUGCGAGAACGUUUCUUCCGCUGUCGUCUUCUUCAUCCAUUGCAAUUCCUUGCGGCAACUGGCAAUUUCUCACUCGAUACUUUGUUCCUGACAGAGGUGCUUUUUCUCUUUUUCUCUAAUGCUUCUUUGCAAUCCGCUGUUAUUAUUUACCGCCUACAUUAAUAGUUCAUUGAUAUGUGUGGUCCUGUUGAUUUAAUUCAUCUGCGUUUCAUAGUUAGUUAAUAUGCUUAAUUGGAUGUGCCACGAUUAGGAUUUGAAAGCAUCGGUUUCCUUAGGUUUUCUUUAGUUCCGUGAUGGUAAUGAGUCAUAGAUGAUAACAUAGCAAAAUCGCAAUGAGCAUUUUGAGUGAGGUGGAAUGCAGAGAUAUGUCUAAAUACUGUCAUUUGUUCUCAUGUGAGGAACGAGUUAUUAUGUAUUUAGCCGCGUGUGUUUCUUGGAUGGAAGAACUAAUAGAAUAGGAAGUUAUUGAGGGUAGUUAAAAGUUCCUGGUAGAGUAUACCUAGACAAGAGUAUACACAAAUUUAAUGUAUAUGGACAGAAGUGCAAGGCCCAAAAAGGCUGGGAAAAAGCACUAGCAAUGUUCACGGCUUGAGUGAUGGAACUUUGUCUCAUAUUUUAUAAAAACGGUUUAAGAUGAUCCUUUUUGCUUAAGACAUUAACAACACUAACAAUGUAAUUGUCCCUGCCAAAACUGAAUUAGUUGUUUAUUUCAAAAACAUAACCCAAAAAACCUCAAAAUGCAAGAUGACAAAUUCCAAAAACCCUAAAAUUGCAAAAUCAGAAUAUAAUUGCAUACAAUCCCAAAUCGUGAAAUCAGAAAACAAAACCACAAUUUGAAAACCCUAACCCCUAAAUUGAAUUAACAAUCUGCCGAGGAGAAACAAGAGACAAGGAAUUCCUAAAUCAGAACCCUCAACCUCAAACAAAAACCCUAAAAUCCCUAAAUCAUAAGAUCACGAAGAACCCCAACUAUUGCGCCACCAACCUGCAGAGAAAACAAAACAGAAACACAAUCCAAGAAAGGAAACCCAAUGUCGCGAGAUCAGAAUAGAACCUCAAUUCGAAGCCCUAAUACAAACAAAACUAGAACAAGAAGAAGGAAAGAAGAAAGGUUCCAUGCGAUGCCAACCUAGAAAUAGCAGAGAGGAAGGAGGAGGGUGUCUCCUUGCGCGAUGAGGAACUCACGCUGCUGGGUUUGUUCGAGAAAAAGGAUGUCCCGAAAAUGGAAGUCAAGAGUUUGUAAAACUGUGAUUAAGGUAAAGGGCAAUUGAACUCAGCAUGUCACACAAUCAAUAACUAGAUAGGUCAUUCAGUUUUGGCCAAGGGGCAAUUAUACCGUUAACUUUUUUAACGCCGUAAAAGAUAAAAAAAACCAGAAAAUUGUGAACAUCUAAAAAGGAUAGAACCACUUUGAACAAAUCUACCAAACCUAAGGACUAAAGUAGGUAUUAAACCAAUAUCUUUUUAACUCUGGCUUGUCCUUUGGAUUCAUAAUUAACUUGUAUAGGGUUGGUGUUAGGAAUUCAAGUGAGUUGGAAGUCCUACAUUGAUUAGAGAGUAAGAUUAACAAUAUAUGAGUAGAAAGAAUGAUAAACUUAUUGUCUAAAGGUUUGGAUUGAAGGUGGUGUAAUGAACUCUUUUAUGGGUUUAUUCAUGACCCAUUGGUGUCAAACCUUCUUAGUAUCCUCUCUCGAAAAACUUCACAGUUGGGGAUAUUCCACAUUUAUUCGUGUUAAUGGUAAAAAGGAAUUUCAAUUUGUGCUUUAUUGAGUUGUAUAUGGUACUAACUACUAUGAUCUGAUUCUGGGGGUUUUUAUGUUAUUACUUGUGAUUAGUUUGUUUACAAAUGAAGAAAUGACUGAGAAGCCUCUCAGCAUUCAACUAAAUUGAGUUAAGGAUAUUCUUGGACGAAUGAGGAUGACUUCCAUGUAGAANCUUUUUAANAGAAUUGGAUAGANGGCCANAGUGCUUGGGUACGGGGAUGGUGCUACCAUAGCAGAUUUUUAGGGUUCUAAAUCGUCAUCAUCAUCUUCCUUAUUGUGAUCUGCACAUUAAACUUCUGAAGUUUAAUGUUUGGCGUCAAAUGAAUGUGAAAGGUGAUAUAUGAUAAGGCCGAACUCUCUAACAUCAAAAUUCAUCACUUGAGCUGAGAUUUUUAAUAUUCUUUUAUGGGCCAUAAUUUACCUCAUGCUGAACUGCCUUCCAAGACUUAGAUGUGUUUCUUUCUUACAUUCUUUUCCCAAAGUGUCCAAAAAUAUAAAGCAAAUUCAUGCCCAGUUAAUUACUAAUGGCCUGAAAUCGCCUGCCUUCUUGGCCAAGUUAAUUGAGCAUUAUUGUGCCUCACCAGACUCACACAUUGCUAAUGAUGCACAUUUAGUGUUCCAGUACUUUGACAAGCCAGACAUAUUUCUCUUUAACACUUUGAUAAGAUGUGCUAAACCCAAUGAUUCUAUUAUAAUUUUCCGAGAUGAGUUUUCUCGGGGACUCAUGUUUUUUGAUGAUUACACUUACAAUUUUGUUCUUGGAGCCUGUGCUCGCUUUCCGUCAGCUUCAACGUUGUGGGUAGGUAGACAACUACAUUCCCUGAUAGUAAAGCAUGGGGUUGGGUCAAAUAUUUUGGUUUCGACUACCAAAAUAUACUUUUAUUCUAGCAACAAAGAUAUUAUCUCAGCCCGACAAGUGUUUGAUGAAAUGUCAAUGAGAAGCAGUAUUACGUGGAAUGCUAUGAUAACAGGUUAUUCUUCCCUUAAAGAAGGGAAAAGACAAUAUGCUUUCAAUGCAUUGUCAUUGUUUAAGGACAUGUUGGUUGAUGUACGUGGAAUUAAACCAACAGAUACAACCGUAGUUGCUGUCAUUUCAGCAGUUUCUCAGAUGGGUUUGCUAGAAACUGGUGCUUGCGUACAUGCAUUUGCUGAAAAGACAUUGUGUACUGAAGAUGAUGUGUUUAUUGGGACUGGUCUUGUUGAUAUGUACUCAAAAUGUGGAUGCCUUGAUAGUGCCUUGUCUGUCUUCUGGCACAUGAACCAGAAGAAUAUCUUGACUUGGACGGCAAUGACUACUGGCCUAGCUAUCCAUGGGAAAGGAAAACAAGCCUUGGAGGUUUUAUACAAGAUGGGGGAUUACGGUCUGAAGCCUAAUGAAGCAACUUUUACUAGCUUUUUAUCUGCUUGUUGUCAUGGUGGGCUUGUCGAAGAAGGCCUUCAAUUGUUCCAUGAAAUGAAGAGAACAUUUAAUGUGACACCUCAGAUAAAACAUUAUGGUUGCAUUGUUGACCUUCUUGGUCGUGCUGGAAAGUUAAAAGAAGCAUAUGAAUUUAUCAUACGGAUGCCAAUUAAUCCUGAUGAUGUAAUAUGGAGGACUCUGCUAGGUGCAUGCAAGAUUCAUGAGGAUGUUGUGAUGGGAGAGAAGGUGGGAAAAUUUCUCCUUCAGUUGGAAGAAUGUAGUCGUCCAGAGUUGACUUCAAAGAGCGAAGACUAUGUAUCUCUGUCAAAUGUUUAUGCUUUAGCAGAAAGGUGGGUCGAAGUUGAAUCUGUAAGGAAACAAAUGAGAGCUAAGAGAAUCUCGAAUAACGUUGGUUGUAGCGCUGUUCAAAUUUUCAGUCUGUAGAACGAAGACCACAGAAAGAGAAUUUUGAGGCUGAGCAUUUGAGUAAACCAACAGAGAUUAACUGUUGAGCGGGAUAAUAGUACAUUUCCUUCCCGUAAGUCUAAUCUUUUUGUCCAAGUAUUUUCGAAGAUGCCCUUGCAAAAUGGAAGUGGUUGAUCUGUCCAAUUAAUCAGUUUCAAAAACAGUGCUGUUUGUGGAAAUCUUGCGCGUGCUGCGUGAUCAGAUUUCACAGCAGGCUUCAAAGGCUGCAUUGAAGCCGAUUGUGGAGAGCUCUUUCCGUGGGGAAGGAACAGGAUAAAGGGGUUGAGGGUGGUGCAGUUUCCGUCCUCAUUGAACUACUUGUUUGUGCCUCGAAAAGAAGAACUUGUGAACUCAUUUUAAUAGCUUUGGAUCAACUUUAUGGAUGUGCGGAAGGGCGUGCAGACUUGUUGAAUCAUGGUGCAGGAGUGGUCAUUGUGUCCAAAAAAAUUAUAAGGGUCUCUCCCGUGACAAGUGAUAGAGGGGUUAGAAUUUUGGCCUCCAUUUGUAGGUAUUCCGCCAAUGCUAGAACGCUCCAUGAAAUGUUGAAGGUUGGGGCUGUGUCGAAGUUCUGUUUGGUGCUUCAAGUGAAUUGCGGAGGGCCAAUGAGAUUAGUCAAAUUGCACUCCUCAAUUUGGAAGAAUUCUUCAUAUAUUCUUUACCUUUGUUAUCUUCCUUUCUGAGAUCUAAUUUGAUCAUAGUUUGUAAACUUUUCAUUUUUAUUUUUUAUUUUUGUGUGAUUGCAUCUGAUGAAAGUGUCUGGUGCCAGAGGUUUUGGGGUUAUACAAAUGAAUCACGCAGUUAUGGAAGGGGAAACAAAUCCUUGGAUAAAUUUUUGUUGAACAUUGUACUGAUCUAAACAAUAGUAUUAGUUAACUAUAAUUUUUAUUUA